AUCUAGUAAAGAUAAAUGUCUGAAUUAUUAAAAAGAAAAAUUCACGAAACAGAAGACAAUGAUUCAUCUAAAAAAAAAUAUAGUUUAGUAACUGAAAAGACAUCAGUUGUGGUUGGUUCCCGUAAAAGUCAGCUUGCUGUUAUUCAGACAAAGUCAAUUGUUGCAGCUUUGUGUCAAAAAGAAAAAGAUGUUGAGUGCAUUAUAGAAACAAUGGACACUCUUGGCGACAAAAUAUUACAUAUUGCUCUUCCAAAGAUUGGUGAAAAGAGUUUGUUCACAAAAGAUUUAGAGUUAGCUUUAUCAGAGAAAAGAGUCGACUUUUUAGUACAUUCUUUAAAAGACUUACCUACUACAUUGCCUCAAGGAAUGGCUAUUAGCACUAUUUAUAAGAGAGAUGAUCCACGUGACUGUAUUAUAUUUCAUCCUAAACAUAAUGGCAAAAGAUUGGCUGACCUUCCAGAAAAUAGUAUUAUUGGAACAAGUUCUCUACGAAGGGUUGCACAAUUAAAAAGAAAAUAUAAUAAACUUACAUUUCAAAGUGUUCGUGGUAAUUUAAACACACGCCUCCAAAAGUUAGAAGAAGAAUCUUUGUAUGAUGCAAUUGUUUUAGCAAAAGCUGGCGUUGAUCGAAUGGGGUGGACUGAGAAAAUUGGACAAAUUUUGUCAGAAGACGAAUGUCUUUAUGCGAUUGGUCAAGGUGCUAUAACUGUGGAGGUUCGCAAUGAUGAUAAAUAUACGAUAUCAAUUCUUGCUCAAUUAACUGAUAUGGAAACCUUACUGGCUUGUGUGGCUGAACGUUCUUUUAUGAGGACCUUGAAUGGUGGGUGUAGUACACCGAUUGCGUGUCAUUCUCAAUUUAGCGGAAAUAAUUAUUCUUUAAGAGGCAUAGUUUUAAAUGCGGAUGGAAGUCGUUUUUUAGAUAGCACAGUUUCCACGACCUUGCAGGUAAACAUUUUAACUGACCAAAAUGAACCGCCCUCUUAUACGGUAUCAAAAUCUGGUGUUGUUAUAAACAGUUUAUAUAUUAAUGAGUUCAUAAAGGCAGAAAAAUGCGGAGAAGAACUUGCCUAUUGUUUAAAGAAAUUAGGUGCAGACGAUGUCUUAAAGGAAGUGCGUUCAAAAUUACCGAAUAUCUCUAAUAUUCAUGUUCCAAUAUCAAGUGAUUACAUGAAAUUGUAGUCUAAAUUAAUUAAACUUACGCAAAUUGGUUUUUCAUUCGGAAUGCUGGUUAUUUCGUCUAAAACCUGAGUCUUCGAGUUUUAUUAAAGUGUAAUAUUUAUGUGAUUUUGUAUAUAUAUAUAUAUAUAUAUAUAUAUAUAUAUAUAUAUAUAUAUAUAUAUAUAUAUAUAUAUAUAUAUAUAUAUAUAUAUAUAUAUAUAUAUAUAUAUAUAUAUAUAUAUAUAUAUAUAUUGGUUAUGGGGGCAUGCCAGAGGUGUAUUUAUUUAUUUUUAGUGUAUAACAACGCUUAAAUGAAAUUAUCGUUUGGCUUUUAUUUGACAGUUAAUUGUUUCAUAUUCUUAAAACUUGAGAUAAAUUUUUACAUCUUGCAUUUCAAUUAAAAUUUUGAAGAAAACAACGGGGUGUUGCUUAUUUUUAAAUUUUGAGCAAAAGUCUUUAAAAAUAUAUAUAUUUGAAGAAAAUAUCGAAUAUAAGUUCGUAUACCAAAUAUACGUUAGGAAUAUCAAAUAUAGGCAUUUUUAAUUUGAAGAAAAAGUCAAAAGUAUGCUGAUUGAGGAUUUACGUGUAAAUUUAACUUACGAUAAAAACAAUAGUAAUAAUAAAGAUGCCACGAAAA